AUGGCGGGCCAAGGAUCGUUGAAUAAUAAUGCGAAUAUUCUACCAGGACCCACUCCUGGUAGAAGUGGAGGUGCUGCAACAACAACAACUCAACGAACUACACAGAAUCCUUUUGCUGCAAUUCCUGGACUUAGCGCUGGCAUACAAGGUUUCAUUCUAGGCAGCGCACUUGGUACAAGCUUAAGAUAUCCUUCUGGUUUUUAUCCAACAAUAUUGUCAGUUGCUGAAACAAAUGCACAGUUACUCAAUUUAAAUAUAUUAUCGUUCAAUAAUAAUAGGGCGGGCAACAAUUCGUUGAACGGUAAUGCUAAUGCAGGGGCAGGCUUCAGUGUUGGUCAAGGACCUAGGCCUCAAAGUCAACCAUUUGGUUCCUGGUAUUCUGUACUUAAUACCAGUCUGAAUUUAUUUAGUAGUUUUGCAAAUGAAUUUGGAUAUCCUUAUUCAUUUGGCAAUUAUCCGUACUAUUUUUUGAAUAAUAGAGUAAGUAAUUGGUACGGUGGUAUUUCACCGUAUCGUGGUUUCAUACCAUAUUACAAUCCUUAUUAUUACUAUUAUUAUCGUGGUUAA